GCGCCCGCCGCGCCCGCCGCCCCGCCGCCCUCGCAGCCCCCGGUCGGCCGGUGCGUCCGCAGCGCUGCAGCCUCGCCAUGCUGGGCAUGAUCAAGAACUCGCUGUUCGGGAGCGUAGAGACGUGGCCUUGGCAGGUUGUGAGCCAAGGGGGCAAGGAAGAAGUCUCCUAUGAGGAAAGGACCUGUGAAGGUGGGCUGUUUGCCACAGUGGAAGUGACUGAUAAGCCUGUGGAUGAGGGUCUAAGGGAAGCAAUGCCCAAAGUCAUGAAGUACGUGGGAGGCACCAAUGACAAGGGAAUCGGAAUGGGGAUGACAGUUCCUGUUUCCUUUGCUGUGUUUCCUGGUGAUGAUGGCUCCCUACAGAAGAAAUUAAAAGUCUGGUUCCGGAUUCCAAACCAGUUUCAAAGCAACCCACCAGUUCCCACUGAUGACAGCAUUAAGAUCGAGGAGAGGGAAAGCAUCACUGUCUAUUCCCUGCAAUUUGGUGGUUAUGCCAAGGAAGCUGACUACGUAGCUCAUGCCGCCCAGCUCCGUACUGCCCUAGAGGGCACGGCCACUUGCCGGAGUGACAUCUACUUCUGCACUGGGUAUGACCCUCCCAUGAAGCCCUACGGACGUCGCAAUGAGGUCUGGCUGGUGAAAGCAUGAGUAACGCGCUGAGUUAGAACUUCCCGGACGGGUGUUUCUGUGUUUCCACUUCCUCAGGGGAGAAGGAGGGAGCACAGCUUCCAACUGUAUCUCUAGCUUAAUCCAACUUUCCUUCAAAGCCAUGUACUGCCAAUUUUCUGAAACGUGUGUAUUUUGUCCAUGCUCUUUCUCUCCCGGUGGGAAAUAAUUCAGCCAAGAUAGGCAGCAUCCUUCGAACUGACUGAGACAUUUCUGUGGUAGAUAAGAAAAAAUCCAGGAAACAUUCUCUCAGCUCUCUGGGUCCCUCAGAACUGAUCUUUAAAAAUUAUUGAACCUGUGUUUUUGUUGUUGAGGGAGGGAAAUGUGAUUUGUGCAUGAUCCUUCCUCUGUGAUUCUUACGAGGCCUUUGUCUGAAAAGAAACUGAAAAUAAAGAUCUUUGACUUAAAACA